CCCCAUCAACACCUCCCCGAUUCACUCCUCAUCAGCAGCACCGAGUCAGCGACACUCCCUCAGUCAGCCAUCGUCGUCGUCGCCGCCGUCUUCACCGAAACUCAGCGCCAAAGCAUCCGAGACCACAAAAAGACAGGCCAAACAAAGUACAAGGAUGUCUGCCGGGAUGGGAAAAUGCAGCAAGAUCCGCCACAUCGUGAGGCUGCGGCAGCUGCUGCGGCGGUGGCGGAACAAGGCCAGGAUGUCGUCCGCCUCCAGGAUACCGUCCGACGUGCCAGCGGGCCAUGUGGCAGUGUGCGUGGGGGCGGGGUGCCGGAGGUUCGUGGUGCAGGCGACGUACCUGAACCACCCCGUCUUCAAGAAGCUCCUGUCGCAGGCGGAGGAGGAGUACGGAUUCACGAACCCGGGGCCCCUCACCAUCCCCUGCGACGAGUCGCUCUUCGAGGAGGUGAUCCGGUUCAUCUCCAGAUCCGGUCCCGGCCGGUACGCCACCCUCGAGGACCUCCAGAGGAGCUGCCACGUCGGCCAGUACUGGCCCGAGUCCCGCCCCCUCCUCCACGCCCUCGCCGACAAGCCCAUCUGGUGAACCGAUGAGCGGAUCCCAGGUACCCCUCGGCAAUGCCGUUUCCUUGUCAAGAUCCAAACAACAUAUCUCCCGGAAAAGAGCAUCAAAGUAUUGUCGGGGGCCAUCUGAUGAUAUCCUGUUCAUACGGUGGAGUAAUUGCCUCGAAGGAAUCAACCCUGCCGGAAGUCGGAGCAGAGCCAAAAAGGCAAGUGGGCUAUCGUCCUCGAGUGGUACAGUGACUCGGCUCAGUCGUCCCAGUUGGGCCAUUUUUUCUUUUUUCCUUUUUUUUUUUAUUUAACUAAUUUUAUCAGAGGAUUUUUACUGACGGCUGAUAAAAGGCAAGUUGGUGGUGGGUUCAUAUUUAUCUUUUUUUUUUAUCUUUUUUUAUUGUGAGGAAUCACAAGGGAAGUGAUUAAGGGGAGAGACAUUGUAAUUAAGAUUUAAGUGGCUCCCGAUUAGAACUUAUUAUGGAGAUGGCACCGGCCGAGUCGUCCCGGGUUCGAGUCGGCGAGUGAAGGGCACAGACCGCGUCGGGAGAGGAGACACAUCGAGGAAAGGAAGAAGAAGGUCAAUUAUUGUAAAUGCUUGUAUUCAUUUGAUUGAUAAACGGAAAUUUGCUGGAGGAAUAUUAGCAUAUGAUCAUGGCUUUUGAUCAGUGUCUUCUUCUCGGGCGAAACGAAUGGAUUACUGUCUGUACAGCUAAUAACGAAAAGGAAAACAUCUUUUAAUUUCGGGUUUA